GACUUGGGACGUAUGCCCAGAACGACGGCCUUAGGGUCGAUGGGCGUCAUUGUAGAUAGAUACCCAAGGUAUCUUAAGUCGAUUGUGUAUAAAGAUAAGGAGCGUUCUGCUGCUCUUCUCUCCUGCUCGUUUUGCUAGAUCAUGCCAACACAAUCAUCUUGAUAACAUCACACAAGACCACCCUUUAAAAACCUACCACAGACAAACUUAAGGACACAGUCCUCUCAAGAAAACUACACACACCACAUACAAAACAAGUCUCUACACCCACAACAAACCACCAACAUGUGCUUCGGACUCGGCAGCAGCAGGCGUCGUGGAUACGGCGGUGGCGGCGGCAUGGGUGCGCGCCCCGUGGUAGUCAACCACCACCACGGAGGAGGCCACCACGGAGGCGGCAUGGGAAUUGGUGGUGGACACUGCGGCGGCGGCGGAGGCAUGAUGAGCGGUGGACGCAUGGGCGGCGGAGGAUUGAUGGGCGGCGCCCGGCGCAUGGGAGGAGGCUUCGGCCGCAGGAGGUGCUAGGCGGCUAGCACUCUACGCCUUUCCAUUUUGUUCAGCAGAUCGGAAGCGAGCGUUGUUUUUCUUUGUCGAUCGCUGUCGCGGUCUGUUGCCAUAGAAGCAUGAUAAUAGUGUAAUACACGAGCUACUGCCGUCCUGGAAGGCUACUGACCCGA